UUUGGGUUUUUUGGAAUCUAAGAUCCCUUUACUAGUAGAUGGCGGGGAAGAAUUCAGACAACUUUUUAUCAUGCAUGCUUUUUCUAGUUUUUUAGCACCUACGUCCAACAGAAUUGUGGAUUUGAGAAUUGUAAAAUGUUUGGUUGAAUCAAAUAAGAACUUAUGAUUGGUUAAAAUAUGUCUUAGAUAGACUUUGUGAAGCUGUGAAGAGCUACAAAGAAGGAAAUAUAGAAUGGUUUUGUGGUUGUGUUUUUAUGUUAGAGAUUAUCUAUUUUCAUCGAUUGAGGUUUAGGAAUGUUGUGUUAAAUUCUACAAUACCUUUAAUUCAACAUUGGACUAAUGUGGAUACAAGAGAUAAAAUUACAAAAGAAAAGUUGUCCAAUGGUUUUGGGUGUGGCAUUCUUGAGUUUGAUACAUAUCCAGUGAGUGAGAAGUUGCAAUUUGAGGAUGGACAAGUUGUUUAUAAUCAAUUCAAGGAAGCUCUUGUGAAUCAAACUUCUGAAAAAGAAUCUAUUGUUUAUGAAGGUGUUCGUAGCAAUGUUAAGAGUGUUAUUCAGCUUGAGCUACCUGCUAGUUCAAUGUCUAAUGAGGAAAUCCGUUCAAUCGCUAUUGAUGAAGUUUAUGAGAAGUUUUUGCUCAUGAAAAGAGAUUUAGAAGUGGUAUCAAACUUCUACAUGAAUGAGUUGAAAGUCUUAUUUCAGACUCGCAAACCUAAUGAUGCUUCAACUUCGACACCUCCAAUGUCCCAAAUUGAUUUAUUCUUUAUGGAUCCUCGUGUUCAUGAAAUUGUUGAUGAGAUUGUGUCUCUUGUAAAUUGGGUAAGCAAAGUGCCUAAUGGUUUGGAUGAUGAUGAUAUUGAUAUUGAUAUUGAUGAUAAUGGUGCACGUGCAAAAGAGAUUAAUGUUGUAGUUGGUGAAGUUUCAAGGAUAGGUUUUGAGAAAUAGAAAAUCUAAAUGCUCCCUUGCUAUGGAUGUUAGUCUCUUUGGUGAUAAAGUUACAUAUGUAACUCAAUAUAUGAAGUCAAGUAAUAAGGAUAUGAAGGUUUUGGAUGCAGUUGUCCAGGAACUUGUUGACUACUGCAUUAGUGAUUAUCAUGGUUUCGAUCUCAAGUAAGUCAUGUCAUGGUUCUUUUUGUUAUUUAUUUUUUCAAACUUUAAUAAUAAGUGACUAUGCAAAUAUACACAUGUCUUUUUAUUUCCUUGUACAGUGAGUUGUUGGUAUCUUUUGGCAAACCAUUUGAGAUUACAAGGAAUGAAUUCCUUUCAUUAGGUGAACCGACUAUUGCUAUAUCUUCUGUUAUUAUUGAUUGUUGGGCUUUGUUGCUUAAUGAAAACCAGAAGAGUAGUGCACAUGGACCUCAAAAACUAUAUUUUGGUGUUUCUCAAAGUGUAAGUAUCU